GUAUAAAAUAUUGAAAGCUCGUAAAGUACAAGAGCAUUUAAUACUACUAUGUUAUGUGUUACAUUUGGACUAUCAUUUAAUAAAUGCCCAUCCAGAGAGUUAACUCCUUUUCUUAUUAUGGGUUCCUAAAUUUUCAUUUUUUUUUUAAUACCUGGCUUGGUUCUGCCGACAUAAGUUAACGAUAAAGUACUGUACUUGGUCACAUGUGAGAAAAUAUAAUAUGUGAAGUAUUACAAGGACUCAGGAUUUUGACACAUAAAUUGCUUUCAGAUCUUCUACUUCUUUUCUGGGAUUCAUGUGUUUGGUACUCGUCGAUGUAGUUUUUCCGAGUCUCCAGUAACAGGUUCAGGAAUGCAGUGGUCAUUUUCUAACAAGGUUUCUGCUGUUCCUCAAUUGUUGUCCUUCAAGACUUGUCAGGAAGACAGGACAAGAAAGACCACGUCAUCAGCGGAUACUUUUGACUCUAACCUGAAACCAUUCUUGGGUGGGAUCCAGAAAAGUUUAAGCAUGGGAAAACAAGUAGGAAAUGAGCGUGGAAUGACAGUUUAUCCAAUGCAACAAGUUGAUAAUAUUUCAGGCUACCCUCAAGAAGCCAGAACAUUUUCAGUCUCCAACCAAUCAAAUCAGAGGAGUCCUGUUCUCCAAUCUACUGUUAGUACCACUGUCCCUUUGAUUGCCCCUGUACCUGUUCUUCCAGCUAAUGGUUCCGUUGUUGGCACCACUGACUUAAGGAACUCAUCCAAAACCUCUGGCAAACCUACUCAGUUGACAAUUUUCUAUGCUGGUUCAGUGUGUGUUUAUGAAAACAUAUCUCCUGAGAAGGCCCAGGCUAUAAUGUUAUUGGCUGGAAAUGGGAGUACUCCAAAUCAUACAAAGCCAGUGUCAACAGCUCCAGUGCAAACACCAAACUCCAAGCCAGCACAAGAUGAUAGGUUUAUCGUAAGCCAAUCCUACCAUUCGGCUUUACCAAGUCCAAUUCCCAUGACCUUCCAUGCUAGUCCUCAGCCUGGGGGAGGAUCUCCUAGCACCAAUGAACCUGCAAUAGUGAGACCAGUAGCAUCAUCUUCUGCUGCCCCAAGUAGCCAUUUGGAGUCUCCUAGUGUAGCAGGCUCUGCAAAAUCUGCGUCGACAAAAAUGGGUUCACCUGUGGACUUGCCUCAGGCACGCAAAGCAUCCUUGGCUCGAUUCUUAGAGAAGCGCAAGGAAAGGGUGACAAGCACAUCACCAUACUCUAUGAACAAGAAAUCACCAGAAUGUGGCACUCCAGGAACAGAUAGUAUUGGUUUCUCCAUCACUUCUGGUUCCUGCUCCUUACCUGCCAUGAACUAGCUAGCUCUCAAGAAGAGCACAUAAAGUUUAUGUAUCAUGUAAUUUUGCAAUUAUUUUAGUUUUUAAUGGGUAAAGUCCUUAGCAUUUUUGUCCUAGUUUUUUUUUUAUAUUUAAUAUUUUCUUUGUUCACAGAUCUUAUAUGAUUAAUUUAUUUAAAGCACUUAUACUUAAA